UGAAAAGUAUUCUCUCGUCCAACUACGAAAACAUGAAACUGUGUGUGUUUGUCCUCUGUCUCUCUUUCAGUGGCUUUUGUGCAUUUUCACAAUAUUGCCAUGAAGCUAAUUACAUAGUGGGAUGUUUUUUCAAUGGCACCACACAGAUUAGUCUUGACCUUGAUGGAGACUUGUGUCUUUAUGCAGACUUUGAGAACGAUGAUGUUGCAUUGACGUUGCCACCUUUUUUUUAUGUUAACACAAGCCAAUUUCCACAUCUUUAUCGAAAUGCAUUGAGAGCAAAAAAGGCAUGUUUGGGGGCUCAGUCAUUUAUUAAGCUGCUUAAACUGCCAGAAGUUACAGCACCAGAAGUAAAAGAUCCCCCUGAAAGCAUCCUCUAUCCGGCUGAAGAAGUCCUGUUGGAAGUGGAAAACAGUCUUGUUUGUUUUGUGAAUCAUUUUUAUCCUCCUGUCAUCACCGUGACAUGGACCAAAAACAAUCGUCUCGUGUCAGAAGGGGUGUCCACCAGCACUUAUAUCUCCAACGAUGACCAGACCUUCCACUGCUUUUCCACUCUCACAUUCACACCAGAGGACGGAGACGUGUACAGCUGCACAGUGGAGCACCCUGCCUUAGAGGAGCCCAAAACACAGUUAUGGAAUGUGGAUCUGAAGAGACACCAAGACCUGGCAUUUGAUUUGUACUGUGGAGUGGGCCUGACUGUAGCCUUACUGGGAGUCGCAAUCGGAACAUUUUUAAUUAUCAAAGGACGUUAUGGGCACUGAACGACUGGAUGUAUAGACCGGUGAUACUGAGAAAGUGGUUUUGUUCUUUGUCCACUUUGGUUAUGGGUAUAUAUACAGUCUAUGGGUUAUACUCAUUAGGGAUGCACCAAUACAAUACUAGUAUCGGAUAUCAGUGCCGAUAUUGAAAAUUUUGGUAGAUCAGAUGUCAGCUUCCAAGACAUCGGUUCAGCUGCUAUCACAUUUUGGUCUAAAAAUGUACUGGCCAAUAUUGGUCCAAAACAUGUCAUGAUAUUAAAGUUGUCUUUUACAAAGCUGCUCUGUAGUCACAAAACACAUUUGGAUUUUUUUUACAUUAUGCUGCUUGUGUUUCAAGGAAAUUAAUAAUAUUUUCAGUCUCUGCCCAAGUAUCUGUUGAUAUCAGGUAUUGACAGAUAAGCCAAAGUAUCGACAUUGGUAUCGGAACAGAAAAAAUUGGCUCGAUGCAUCCCUAAUACCAUAACAAAAACCAAAAGUAUUAGGUUCACACAUGCAGGUGUUUUGACUUUCAUGGUUUGUCAUUUCCUCUCAAACUCUUAUUCACUGCCUCCUCCACAGUCUGAUAGCCGCUGUGUUGUCUUCUUGUCUUCUGUGUUGUGGUUAUAGAAAGUUACUUUUUCCAUUGACAGCCAACUUAGGUUAGUCAAACUAAGAAAGUAAUUAUAAAAAUUGUAAAUUGUAUUUACAAUAUUAAAAAAAAAAAAUGAUUGUGACUGCAUUCAUUGUGUUUAAUGCAUUUUAGCACUUUAAUUUUUCACGAGAUUCUAGAUUAAAUAAUGUGUUUGAAUUAACACAGAUAAAGUAUAUUUCAUC